CGCAGCGGCGGCCCCGAGCGGCGCGGGCGACCUGGAGCCCCGGGAGCGGCGCGCGCGGUCCCGGCCCCGCCGCUCUGCUGGCCUCGCGCUGCACAUUCUCUCCUGGCGGCGGCGCCACCCGCAGCAGCGUUCGCCCGAACAUGGCGACGCGGAGCAGCAGGAGGGAGUCGCGACUCCCCUUCCUAUACAGCCUGGUCGCGCUGCUGCCGCUCGGGGCUCUCUGCGAGGUCCGGGCGCAGGCGCUGCACGGCGGCCGCGCGCCCUUGCCCCAGGACCUGGGCUUCCUCGUGGUGCGGGGCGACCCGCGCGAGCUGCGGCUGUGGGCGCGCGGGGAUCCCCGGGGGGCGGACGAGAAGCCGCUCCGGAGGAGACGGAGCGCCGCCCUGCAGCCAGAGCCCAUCAAGGUGUACGGACAGGUCAGUUUGAAUGAUUCCCACAAUCAAAUGGUGGUACACUGGGCCGGAGAGAAAAGCAAUGUUAUCGUGGCCUUAGCCCGAGACAGCCUGGCGCUGGCGAGGCCCAGGAGCAGUGAUGUGUACGUGUCUUACGACUAUGGAAAGUCAUUCCAGAGAAUUUCGGAGAAAUUCAACUUUGGCGUGGGAAACAGCAGUGAGGCUGUGAUCGCCCAGUUCUACCACAGCCCUGCCGAUAACAAACGCUACAUCUUUGCAGAUGCUUAUGCCCAGUACCUCUGGAUCACGUUCGACUUCUGCAACACUAUCCAGGGCUUUUCCAUCCCAUUCCGGGCAGCCGAUCUCCUUCUGCAUAGCAAGGCCUCCAACCUUCUCCUGGGCUUUGACAGGUCUCACCCCAACAAGCAGCUAUGGAAGUCCGAUGAUUUUGGCCAGACCUGGAUCAUGAUUCAGGAGCACGUGAAGUCCUUUUCCUGGGGAAUCGAUCCGUACGACAAGCCAAACACCGUCUACGUCGCACGGCAUGAGCCCUCUGGCUACUCCACGGUUUUCCGCAGUACGGACUUCUUCCUGUCCCGGGAGAACCAGGAAGUCAUCCUGGAGGAAGUGAGAGACUUUCAGCUUCGGGACAAAUACAUGUUCGCUACAAAGGUGGUGCAUCUCUCGGGCAGUCAGCAACCGUCUCCUGUCCAGCUCUGGGUCUCCUUUGGCCGGAAGCCCCUGCGAGCAGCCCAGUUUGUCACAAGACAUCCUAUUAAUGAAUAUUACAUCGCCGACGCCUCUGAGGACCAGGUGUUUGUUUGCGUCAGUCACAGUAACAACCGUACCAACCUGUACAUCUCGGAGGCAGAGGGACUGAAGUUCUCCCUGUCCCUGGAGAACGUGCUCUACUACAGCCCUGGCGGGGCGGGCGGUGACACCUUGGUGAGGUAUUUUGCAAAUGAACCGUUUGCUGACUUCCACCGUGUGGAAGGGUUACAGGGAGUCUACAUCGCUACUCUGAUCAAUGGUUCCAUGAAUGAGGAGAACAUGAGAUCAGUCAUCACCUUUGACAAAGGGGGGACCUGGGAAUUCCUUCAGGCUCCGGCUUUCACAGGAUAUGGAGAAAAAAUCAAUUGUGAGCUCUCCCAGGGCUGUUCUCUGCACCUGGCACAGCGGCUCAGUCAGCUGCUCAACCUCCAGCUCCGGAGGAUGCCCAUCCUGUCCAAGGAGUCGGCUCCCGGUCUCAUCGUUGCCACCGGUUCAGUGGGAAAGAACUUAGCAAGCAAGACGAAUGUGUACAUCUCCAGCAGCGCUGGAGCCCGGUGGCGAGAGGCCCUUCCUGGACCUCACUACUAUACCUGGGGCGACCACGGCGGCAUCAUCGUGGCCAUCGCACAGGGCAUGGAAACCAACGAGCUAAAAUACAGCACCAACGAAGGGGAGGCCUGGAAAACCUUCCUCUUCUCCGAGAAGCCCGUGUUUGUGUACGGGCUCCUCACGGAACCGGGCGAGAAGAGCACUGUCUUCACCAUCUUCGGCUCCAACAAAGAGAAUGUCCACAGCUGGCUGAUCCUCCAGGUCAAUGCCACAGACGCCUUGGGGGUUCCCUGCACAGAGAAUGACUACAAGCUGUGGUCACCGUCUGAUGACCGGGGCAACGAGUGUCUGCUGGGACACAAGACCGUCUUCAAGCGCAGGACUUCCCAUGCCACGUGCUUUAAUGGAGAGGACUUCGACAGGCCUGUGGUCGUGUCCAACUGCUCCUGCACCCGGCAGGACUAUGAAUGUGACUUCGGCUUCAAGAUGAGUGAAGAUCUAUCCUCAGAGGUUUGUGUUCCGGAUCCUGAGUUUUCUGGGAAGUCAUACUCCCCUCCUGUAUCUUGUCCCGUGGGUUCUACUUACCGGAGAACCAGAGGCUAUCGGAAGAUUUCUGGGGACACUUGUAGUGGAGGAGAUGUUGAAACACGACUGGAAGGAGAGGUGGUCCCGUGUCCUUUGGCAGAGGAGAACGAAUUCAUCCUGUACGCCAUGCGGAAAUCUAUCCAUCGCUAUGACCUCGCUUCUGGAGCCACCGAGCAAUUGCCUCUUACCGGGUUGCGGGCAGCUGUGGCCCUGGACUUUGACUAUGAACACAACUGCUUGUACUGGUCCGACCUGGCCUUGGACAUCAUUCAGCGUCUCUGUUUGAAUGGAAGUACAGGGCAAGAGGUGAUCAUCAAUUCCGGCCUAGAGACAGUGGAAGCCUUGGCAUUUGAGCCUCUCAGCCAGCUGCUGUACUGGGUGGAUUCUGGCUUUAAAAAGAUUGAGGCGGCCCAUCCCGAUGGCGACUUCCGGCUCGCGGUCGUCAAUUCCUCGGUGCUCGAUCGGCCCAGGGCCCUGGUCCUCGUGCCCCACGACGGGGUCAUGUUCUGGACCGACUGGGGAGACUUGAGGCCUGGAAUCUAUCGGAGCAACAUGGAUGGUUCUGCUAUCCUUCGCCUUGUGUCAGAGAAUGUGAAGUGGCCCAACGGCAUUGCCGUGGACGACCACUGGGUCUACUGGACAGAUGCCUACCUGGACUGCAUUGAGCGUAUCACUGUCGGUGGCCAGCAGCGCUCAGUCAUCCUGGACAACCUCCCACACCCCUACGCCAUCGCCGUCUUUAAGAAUGAGAUCUACUGGGAUGACUGGUUACAGCUCAGCAUAUUCCGGGCCUCCAAGUACAGUGGGUCGCAGAUGGCGAUUCUGGCAAACCAGCUCACGGGUCUGAUGGACAUGAAGAUUUUCUACAAGGGGAAGACUACUGGAAGCAACGCCUGCGUGCCCAGGCCAUGCAGCCUGCUGUGCCUGCCCAAGGCCAACAACACAAAAAGCUGCCGGUGUCCAGAGGGUGUGUCCAGCAGCGUCCUCCCAUCCGGGGACCUGAUGUGCGAGUGCCCACCGGGCUAUCAAAUGGAGAACAACACUUGUGUCAAAGAAGAAAACACCUGUCUCCACAGCCAGUAUCGCUGCAGCAACGGCAACUGCAUCAACAGCAUCUGGUGGUGUGACUUUGACAACGACUGUGGAGACAUGAGCGAUGAGAGGAACUGCCCUACGACCGUGUGUGAUCUGGACACCCAGUUCCGCUGCCAGGAGUCCGGAACCUGUAUCCCACUCUCCUACAAAUGUGACCUGGAGGAUGACUGUGGAGACAACAGUGAUGAAAGUCACUGUGAAAUGCACCAGUGCCGGAGUGAUGAAUACAACUGCAGCUCUGGCAUGUGCAUCCGCUCCUCCUGGGUGUGUGACGGGGACAAUGACUGCAGGGACUGGUCCGAUGAAGCCAACUGUACUGCCAUCUAUCACACCUGCGAGGCCUCCAACUUCCAGUGUCGCAACGGGCACUGCAUCCCCCAGCGGUGGGCGUGCGACGGGGACACGGAUUGCCAAGAUGGCUCUGACGAGGAACCAGUCAACUGCGAGAAGAAGUGCAAUGGCUUCCGCUGCCCGAAUGGCACCUGCAUCCCCUCCAUCAAACACUGCGACGGUCUGCGGGAUUGCUCAGACGGCUCGGACGAGCAGCUCUGCGAGCCCCUGUGCACACACUUCAUGGACUUUGUGUGUAAGAACCGCCAGCAGUGCCUCUCCCACUCCAUGGUGUGCGAUGGCAUCAUCCAGUGCCGCGACGGCUCGGACGAGGAUGCGGCCUUUGCGGGAUGCUCCCAAGACCCCGAGUUCCACAAGGUUUGCGAUGAGUUCAGCUUCCAGUGUCAGAAUGGCGUGUGCAUCAGUUUGAUCUGGAAGUGCGACGGGAUGGAUGACUGUGGCGAUUACUCUGACGAAGCCAACUGCGAAAACCCCACGGAAGCUCCAAACUGCUCCCGCUAUUUCCAGUUCCGGUGUGAGAAUGGCCACUGCAUCCCCAACAGGUGGAAAUGUGACGGGGAGAACGACUGUGGGGACUGGUCUGACGAGAAGGACUGUGGAGACUCACAUAUCCUUCCGUCGCCUACUCCUGGGCCGUCUACGUGUCUGCCCAACUACUACCGCUGCAGCAGCGGGGCCUGCGUGAUGGACAGCUGGGUGUGUGAUGGGUAUCAAGAUUGUGCAGAUGGCUCGGACGAAGAAGGCUGCCCCUCGCCCGCAAAUGUCACUGCCGCCUCCACUCCCACCCAGCUUGGGCGAUGUAACCGAUUUGAGUUCGAGUGCCACCAACCCAAGACGUGUAUCCCCAACUGGAAGCGCUGUGAUGGGCAUCAGGAUUGUCAGGAUGGCCAGGAUGAGGCCAACUGUCCCACGCACAGCACGCUGACCUGUACGAGCCGGGAGUUCAGGUGUGAGGACAGUGAGGCCUGCGUCUUGCUCUCAGAGCGCUGCGACGGCUUCCUGGACUGCUCGGACGGCAGCGACGAGAGGGCCUGCGGUGAAGAAUUGACUGUAUACAAAGUACAGAAUCUUCAGUGGACAGCUGACUUCUCUGGGGAUGUAACGUUGACCUGGAUGCGGCCCAAGAAAAUGCCCUCUGCUUCUUGCGUAUACAACGUCUACUACAGGGUCAUUGGAGAGAGCAUUUGGAAGACGCUGGAGACCCACAGCAAUAAGACAAACACGAUACUAAAAGUCUUGAAGCCAGACACCACAUACCAGGUCAAAGUCCAGGUCCAGUGUCUGAGCAAGUCACACAACACCAACGACAUCGUGACGCUGCGGACUCCGGAAGGACUGCCAGAUGCUCCUCGAAAUCUCCAGCUGUGGCCGCACAGAGAAGUGGAAGGCAUGAUUGAGGGCCAGUGGACCCCUCCGGCCCACACCAAUGGCCUUAUUCGAGAGUAUAUUGUAGAAUAUAGCCGGAGUGGUUCCAAGAUGUGGGCCUCCCAGAGGGCUGCUAGUAACUCUACAGAAAUAAAGAACUUGCUGGUCAACACGCCAUACACUGUCAGAGUGGCUGCGGUGACUAGUCGCGGGAUAGGAAACUGGAGCGACUCUAAAUCCAUUACCACCGUAAAAGGAAAAGUGAUCCCACCACCGAGGAUCCGCAUUGACAGCUAUGGUGAAAAUUCGCUGAGCUUCACCCUGAGCAUGGAUAGCGACAUCAAGGUGAAUGGCUAUGUGGUGAACCUUUUCUGGACAUUCGACACCCACAAACAAGAGAAGAGAACUUUGAACUUCCGGGGGAGCAUAUUGUCACACAAAGUUGGCAAUCUGACAGCUCACACGUCCUAUGAGAUUUCUGCCUGGGCCAAGACUGACUUAGGGGAUAGUCCUCUGGCAUUUGAGCAUGUCCUGACCAAGGGAGACCGCCCACCUGCUCCCAGCCUCAAAGCCAAGGCCAUCAAUCAGACUGCGGUGGAAUGCACCUGGACCGGUCCCAGGAAUGUGGUUUAUGGUAUUUUCUAUGCCACAUCCUUUCUUGACCUCUAUCGCCAGCCAAACAGCUUGACUACUUCACUCCACAACAAAACCAUUAUCGUCAGCAGGGAUGAGCAGUAUUUGUUUCUGGUCCGGGUCGUGGUACCGUACCAAGGGCCGUCCUCUGACUACGUGGUGGUGAAGAUGAUCCCAGACAGCAGGCUGCCCCCCCGUCACCUGCAUGUGGUUCACACGGGCAAAACCUCCAUUGUCAUCAAGUGGGAGUCCCCGUAUGAUUCUCCUGACCAGGACUUGUUGUACGCAAUCACGGUUAAAGAUCUAAUAAGAAAGAGCGACAGGAACUACAAAUUCAAGUCCCGGAACAGUACGGUGGAGUAUACGCUGAGCAAGCUGGAACCCGGAGGCAAAUACCACGUCAUUGUCCAGCUGGGCAACAUGAGCAAAGAUUCCAGUAUAAAAAUCACCACAGUUUCAUUAUCAGCACCCGAUGCCUUAAAAAUCAUAACAGAAAAUGACCACGUUCUUCUGUUUUGGAAAAGUCUAGCUUUGAAGGAAAAGCAUUUUAAUGAAAGCAGGGGCUAUGAGAUACGCAUGUUUGAUAGUGCGAUGAAUAUCACAGCUUACCUUGGGAAUACCACCGACAAUUUCUUUAAAAUCUCCAAUCUGAAACUGGGUCAUAAUUACACUUUCACCGUCCAAGCAAGAUGCCUUUUUGGCAGCCAGAUUUGUGGGGAGCCUGCUGUCCUGCUGUAUGACGACGUGGGGUCUGGCGUGGAUGCGUCUGCAUCUCAGGCUGGCGGAUCUACUGAUGUUGCUGCUGUGGUGGUGCCCAUCCUGUUUCUGAUACUGCUUAGUCUGGGCGUGGGGUUUGCCGUCCUGUACGCGAAGCAUCGGAGGCUUCAGAGCAGCUUCACGGCCUUUGCCAACAGCCACUACAGCUCCAGGCUGGGCUCGGCCAUCUUCUCCUCAGGCGACGACCUGGGGGAGGAUGAUGAAGAUGCUCCUAUGAUAACUGGAUUUUCAGAUGACGUCCCGAUGGUGAUAGCCUGAGAGAGCUUUCCUCACUAGAAACCAAAUGGUGUAAAUAUUUUAUUUGAUAAAGAGAGUUGAUGGUUUAUUUUAAAAGAUGCACUUUGAGUUGCAAUAUGUUAUUUUUAUAUGGGCCAAAAACAAACAAAAAAAAAAAAAAGGAAAGAAAGGAACCAGUAAACUUUGGAGUGAUCAGCUGUGAACUUCAAACCAGGCUGAUUUGAGUAACCAAAUUGCUUUGACUUGAUAUUCAUGUGGUCUUACAGGGCUGUGCUUGCUGGGCAUGCUUUUAAGUCUGUGAGAUAAUUUGGGUUCAUUAUAUUGGACAUUCUUUUUAUUUUUCUAAGACACAGAAAUAUAUUUAAAAAGUUCAAGAAAGAGUGAUGGAUGGAAAUCCCUCCUCUCUGGAAGUGUGCUCGGAUUUUAAAUUUUGUUUGGGGUUAGUUGAGAUGAGAGUGUGUGGGUGUAUUAUGGGGGAAGGUUCUUUUAUGUUAUUUUGUUAAUUUAUUGAGACUCUGUAGAAGGCAAGGUUUUAGGGAUCAUCUGACACCACACAUGUUAAGGGCCCCUCGCCUGUGAGGUUGAGGGGUGGAGAACAGGAGCAGUUUUGUUGCCAUUCCAGAAACAAUCCAUUUUUACUCACUGUGUGUCCUAUAAUGGUAUUUGGCAGGAGGGUGCAUUGAGUCAUUGCUCGAUUUCAGUUACACAGAGCUGCAGCUUGGGACGCCCUGCAAGCCACAGCCCCGUCUCUUACAUUAAUCGAUGGAACCUUACUGUAUGCGCCUCUGUACAAGGUGUAGCUUUUCAAGCUACAAAAUGCUAACACUGCUUUAUGACUGGUGUCCUCAUCCUUGCAAAGACUUAGUCCGGUUGUGGCAGAGAGUUCUAGAUCUGUGCCAUGAUACAUACACUGGCCAACGUAGUACCUAAUUCUUCCUUUUUCGAUUGUUUGCUUUUACUUAACCACUGAGGAAUAUUGAGUGUGAAGUUCUGUAUGUGUGUUGAGGUGGCCGCUUACUGUCCUUUUACUGUACUGAUAUAUGCAGUCAUUUUGAAUUGGGUCAGUGCCUUCUCUUUUUGUCUUUUCUCCCAUUCCGCUCGCCUGCACCCCUGCCAGUUUAAAGAGGAGAUGCUAGAUGCUCUUCACUCUUAGGGAGAUACAGGACAUCUACAAAUUUGAGGCCAUUCAGUCCAGUUGAUGGUAGUGGCAACCUUAGAGUUUCUUCUCUCUGUAAGAUAAACUGGCCUUUUCCUUUUCUGCCUUUAAAUGCCGACCCGUAUUCAAAUCAUGGGCACUUGAUAAGUAUGUGGAAUCCAGUACGGAACCAAUGCCCCCUCGGCCCCCCUUGUAGAGUGAGUGUUGGAAGCACCAAUGUCCAGCAUCAUUGUGACCCCUACUGUGCAAACCUCACUGCAGAACUCCUUCCAAGCCAGGAGGCAGUGAGCUCUGGGUGCAUUCCACAGUCAGGCUUCGGAAUGCAUGUCCUUUAUAUGCAAGCUUUGUAAAAACCCUGUCUCCUCUCAGAUGCCACGCAUCACCUCCCAAGUGUUUGCUUUCUUUUAACCGAAAGUAUCAUUCUUUGGGUGAUAAUAUAGUUUCAUUCUAUCUAGUGAUUUUUUUGGAAAACAAAGAGCCAAUUAAAUGUUUUAGUUUAAAAAGUUUUUUUGGAGGGGGGCUGAGGAGUAUUUUAAACUGUAGUGUGUUGUAUGGGUAAGGCUCCAUCGUAUUUUAACAAGUGGUGGUAAUGAUGAGGCCCCUUCCACCUAUUCUGUCUUGCUUUCUGCUUCCUUUGUAGUUUUUUUAAAGAGUGGAAUUUACUUUAGCUUUGUCUUGGGUAAUACCUUGGAGUUCUACUCAAAACCGCAAGCCCUACCAACCUCCCCUUUAACAGGCCCUUUAAGUCACUGAAAGAUUAACAAUCUGGUGGGAGGCGAGUCAUUUCACUGAACCACUACAAAGUGUGUUUUCUUCUUUUCUUUUUCUGCCAACUUCUUGGUGGCAUUUGUAAAAGCUGACCUAAAAGGCUCUGAGACUUUAUUUUGAAUUACUCCAUGGGCAAGCCUUUUACGGAGCAUAUGUCUCCAGUUGGCAACGUGAGAUGUUUCUGAGCAUCCAGUUCCAGCUCCCAGUGCCUCCCAAUGCUUAGUGCACAGUACUGUAUAGACCGGCCAUUACCCGUCUCCUUGGAAAAUGCCACUGUGCUGUUUGAGAAGAAGCAGCCAUUUAGGACUAGAGUAUUUUAUAUAAACAGAAGAGCUAUGUUCCUGAAGAUGAAGCUAGAUAGAUGCAGCUAUGUGUAAAUUGUAUAUUUUUAUGAACUUUUGAAGCACACACUCUUACCUCCCUCUGCAUAGCUUUGUGGGUUCUAAUGUAUUUAUGCCGUCUGCAAGAGUCCAGAGGUCGGAGGGACAGUAAGAAAUGAAAACAAAAACUACACACAGCCUGUGACGGUGACCGGAUAAUUGUCUUCACUGUGACCAGUCGGAGCCCCUGGCUGUUUGUGAAGAAGGGGCUUUUGCACCUCGCUGGAAAUGCCACCGCAGAAGUUCACAUUGCACGGGAAAAAGUGUUUACUCUCUCCCAGGGUCUAUGGGAAUGUCAGAAGCCCACAUCCAUGGGGGCCCAUGAUGGACCACGAAUGGACCGCUAAAAUUUGGCAGGCCAGGGGGAUUGUGUACUGAUGUUCUCUGGAAGCCAGUUUUGCCCAUGUAUGUACUGAACGCCCCUCAAGCUCUAUGAGACCUGGGUCCAUGUGGGUGAGAGGAGAGAAGAGCUCUGCAGAGGAUCCCAGGGAAAAUCCAUGGCUGGGCAGACCUGUCUCCAGACAGCUGAGAAGCUCCAGUAACUCCUGGCCACCCUGGCAGCCUGGGCAAAUAGUUCAGUGCUGGGUAACUGGGUGACACGCCUGACUUGGGUAUGAGUGGUUCCUGGGCAUCCAUCUCUGGGAGCAUCACCGGGGAUAUUACGGUGGGACAGGCACAAUUCACAAAGCUGCAUGUUCCCUCUUGCCCUUGCUGUGGCCCGCUAGAUUUUUAUAACUCAGCAGUGGAAGGAAUGUAACCAUUCUCAAGCCAGUGGCCUUUUGGGGGAACCAGAGAGACUGAAGGUAUGGGUGAUGUUCUCAUGGAUAAUCACCCAUUUCCCCGUGGAGAAUCCUGCCUUCAAAUGUCCACCCGGUGGUCGAUUCACCUAGUAAGAUGAUAUUCUCUGCACUUCCUUAAGGGUAAAAACCACACCCUGCUCUGUUAGGUGGGUCCUUUUCCUAUGAAGAGAGUCAUGGUGAAUCCCUGAGAAGAUUGUUUUCUUCUUUGGGCAAAGAGUUGGGAGGUCCCUCAGAACAGGGACCGAGAGAUGGAAGCAAACCGAAUACCACCCCCACAUUGAUCUUAGGAACUGACUCUAAAACUCUGUGCGGAAUCUCCACUUGUAUUGGGAUUGUAUCUUGACAUUCCUAUUAUGUUACUUUUCUUAACUGGAGUGUGUGCUGCCUUUCAGGUACAAUUUUUGUGUAAUAAAAGCCAGUGCAUUAAGUUUAUAUAGACUACUUUCUAUGCAAGACUGAGAUAUGGAGUAGAUAGCAAGAGAUAUGGAGUGUUGGGUAUGUGGACAAGACGCAUGGUUUCAGGACGGGUACCACCGCUGAACAUGGGUUGAGGGAGGAUAGGUUGUGUAUUUAUUUCCACCCACUCAUUUUGAGCAGCCAUAUUAUGAAUUAAAUCAUCAGGGCCAAGUAACUCAAGAAUGGUGUUAGUUUCAUGUGUAUUAGCUCAAAUGGAGCAACUAACUAUGAGUGCCGAAGUGGAACACUGCUCUCGGAUAUUCCAUGUCAUUUCUCACUGAAAGACUCUUGUUAUGAAUUACUAGAAACCUUAGGCAAAAAUCAGAAGUAUUUGUAGCAAAAUGAAAGCCUACUCUGCUCUUAUUUAAAAGUGAAACACUGCACACUUGUUUCUCUCCCAAGUGAGAUUAGGUAUUUAUGAUUUCAGUUGCCUUGAUACGUUUCCCAAAUCCCUGAUUUAUGCUGAAGAUUUUACUAUAUCGUUGCACAAUUUUAAGAUAAUUUCAAUGUCAACUUUUUCACCAAAUAAAAAUUUAACUGGGUCAAGAAAA